CGGCCAUCUCUCCUCAUUGUCCUUUCAAUUAAAUUAACCCCUUCGAUUCUACAGACAUUUCAUUUUCCAUCCUCAGAUCCCUCUGUCAUUCUACUUGUCCUGCUGGCUCGAUCUGUUGCUCCUGCAAGAGAAGAUGAGCAAGAAAAUAGCGGUGAAACUGGAUCUACACGAUGACAAGGAAAAACAGAAGGUCUUGAAGGCCGUCUCUACUCUUCGUGGGAUCGAUUCCGUUGGACUGGACAUGAAAGAGCAAAAACUGACCGUAGUCGGAUCGGUCGACCCUAUCGACGUCGUGAAGAAGUUGAGAAGGUCAUGGAAGGCCAUCAUAGUCUCCGUUGGGCCUGCAGAGGAGAAGAAGGCAGAGCCGAAGAAAGAGGAAGGGAAGAAGGAAGUGAAGAAGAAAGAGGAGCCCAAAAAGGAAGAGAAGAAACCCGAUCCCCACGAGCAACUGUUAGCUGAGCUUGUCAACGCAUAUAGAGGCUAUAAUACUCAUAUGAACAACCAUUACUAUGUGCAGUGGGUCGAGGAGGAUCCAAAUGCUUGCACCAUCCUCUGAUCGAUACGUUUAUUAUACAGGAUAUUGUAAGAAUAAGAAUAGGAAGAGAGUAAAAAAUUAUAUGAAAGUAAUAAAAUAUAUUGUUCAUUGAUAUAUGUUAA